GGCUAGUCAUCAUUUGUCGUAUGUUAUGGAGACUUUCGAGUAAACAGCACGAGGUUUCAGGAAUAAUGCUAAGUAUGCGGUUAACAAUAGCUAUAGGCGGGGAAAAACGAUGAUGAGUAAAUCUUUUGUGGAUUGAGUGCAACACGCAAUAAUCUUUAUCUUUUGGCGCGCAGCUUGUUGAAAACGAUCGGCAUUUCGCAUGCUGUGUCGCAACGGCUCUAUCUCGAUGGAGGUGUCAAGCGACCCAAUUCCACAAAAAACAGGACAGAAGGAGAAAAUGAAAAGGAAACAAUUUCCUGGGGGCAAAAUCACAAUUGCACCUGCCGAACCAGUCACUCCACAGCCACCUCGCCCAAUAGACUCUCGUGCCACACUAACCAUAGGAGACAAGACAUUUGAUUGUGAUGCCAGCGACCUUCAGUUACGACGAUAUCUUGGUCGUGGGGCUUAUGGAGUAGUAGAAGAAGUGGAACAUAGACCCAGCAAUACAGUUAUGGCUGUAAAGAGGAUCAUGGCCACUGUGAAUAAUAUGGAACAGAAGAGGCUGCUAAUGGAUCUGGACAUUAACAUGCGAAGUGGCUCUUGUCCAUACACUGUUGAAUUCUAUGGGGCCUUAUUUAGAGAGGGUGAUGUAUGGAUCUGUAUGGAAGUGAUGGAAGCCUCUUUGGAUCUACUGUACAAGAGACUCAAAGCAAAUAAUGAGUAUAUCCCAGAGUAUGUUCUUGCACAGAUUGCAUUUUCUGUUUUAAGUGCACUACAUUAUCUACACAGUGAACUAAAAGUGAUACACAGAGAUGUCAAACCAUCCAACAUUCUUAUUAACCGCAAGGGUCAAGUUAAAAUCUGUGACUUUGGCAUCAGUGGAUACUUGGUUGACUCCAUUGCACGCACUAAAGAUGCUGGUUGUCGACCAUACAUGGCGCCUGAGCGCAUCAAUCCUGAAGCUGGGGCACAGGGGUACGAUAUAAAAUCAGAUGUUUGGAGUCUAGGCAUCACAAUGAUUGAGCUGGCUACUAAUGAGUUCCCAUACUCCAAGUGGAAAACACCUUUUGAGCAGAUCAAGCAAGUAGUUAUGGAAGAAUCACCCAAGUUGCCCCCCAACAGAUUUUCACCCGAGUUUGAGGAUUUUGUUUCACAGUGCCUGCGAAAAGACUGCACAACACGUCCCAAUUACCAGCAGCUGCUUCAGCACCCGUUCAUCUUACAGGCACAGAAGGCACAAGUUGACAUGGCUGGCUACAUAACGUCUGUCAUAGAACGUCUGGGCCCUCUCAAUGAGGGGGUCCAAUGAAGUGGGCUGCCCAGACCAGUGUUAUGGCAUCUCGUGACAGACAGCCUAGCCCUGACGUUCCACAGCAGACAUUGUGUUAAUUUCUUGAUAUCUUUGUUCUUUCUUUCUGUGUAAUGUGUCUUCUGGGCAUCCUGUCUGUUGUAUAUGUACAUGCCGACAAUAACGGCUGCCAGCUGCUGUCCCCCAGGUGACAAAGACUGCAUCUUUUAUGAGAGUCUGUGAUGUGUGACAGGUGUGGAAGGACCAGUUGUCACUUGAUGCCAUACCACUGCUGUCGGGACUGCAGCUGGUAGAGUUUAUAUAAGUUAUAGCAGGUUGCUCAUCAUUCCAUAUCUCUUGUCAUGUGAGCUGAACCAAGGUCAGUUGCUAAUGAAGUCUUCUAAGGUUGACACCUGAGCAUCACAUGAACAUUUCUUUCAUUAUUGCACCUUUUUGUACAUUAACCAUUCAUUUGUUAAGUUGUUGAUUAUUUUAUGAUAAAUUUUUAUAGCUGGCUAUGGAGGCAAAAAAGGAAAUUUUUUAUUAUGGCAUAAAGAGUAUGAGUUUUAUUUAAACUUAUUUUAAAUAGGUUCAGUAGAUUUUAUUUUUUUUUUUUAAGGUUUCAUUUUAUUUUCAGUUCAUUUUUAUCUGAUUUAGCUUGAACUGAUUUGGUAAGCGGCAUAGGCCAAUGUGUUGAAACUCAUGCAGGAGCUGCUGUUAGUCUGCGUAUCAGUUAAUGAAGGAAAUGUCAGCUAUUGUUGACGAAUGGUGAGAUUUUGACAAGAAACAAGGAUGUGCUAAAAUGGUUUUUUCAGCUGUCUGCAUUCUCUUGAAAGGUUGCUUGGUAAUUUCCAUUUUAAUUCAAUCUUGCUGGUCUAUAUUAUGUACAUUUUAAAGAUUUUGGCCAGUCUGUGGUUUAUUUAUUUUAGGAAAAAAAAGUUCAGACUUGAAUAGGUUGCUUUUUUUAUUAUCAGAUUGCAUGUUGCUUAAUAGAUUACCAUUGUGGUUUUUUUUCUGCAUGGUUCCCUUAUUCUUCCUCCAGCUUUCAUGAAUGUAUGUGUGGGUGGGUGGGCACGUGCACACAUAGGUAUGUAUACAUUGGAAAGCUGGAUGACAGCUGAUAAUAAAAAAUGUUGAUGUUUAUAGAUGAGAAUUACAUAUGAUCAUAUGAUUAACAUGGAAGAAUUUAAGGUGUCAGAUAAGUCAGGUUAACAUUUUUAAUGUGUUGCUUUGAAAAAAACAAACUUACAGAAGUGGUCCUUUCCUUUCUGUAUGUUGUCGGGCUAUAUUUACCUCACAUCAGAAGAGUUACCUGAGGAGAGAUGCAUGGUAUAGCUGAAGGGUAUCUCACCAAUAUUUUGCUCUGCACCCACCCACCUGCAUGUAUGCUUGCAUUUAAUGCAGGAGCUAAAAAGAGAUGGUGCACUGUGAUCAAGAAAUGCCAGGUGUGCAACUUGUGCAGACUUCGGAUGAAUUAGUUCGGUUGAAUAUGCAGGACAAUUCUACAUGAAUAUAUUUAUCAAAAGAUAAGAAAAUGUGAUACUCACACAGAAAAUAUUAUUUACAAGUCUUUUUAUCCUGCGCUACUGCAGUUUGCUCAGUAUGUGAGUUUCUGAGUGCUCUUUUUUGCUUUAGAAGUUGCACUUUGCUCCAUAGUUACACCAAGUGAGAUGCGUAAUUGUGUUAUGGGUAGGUUUACUCCUGAACAACUUUGAGACAAGAGUUAUUUAGCAGUAAACUGAUGAAGUAAGCAUGAAAGGACAGAAGGUCACAAUGCCAGCAUAUUUGUUAAAUUAUUGCCUGUAAAUAUUGUACAUAAAUCAAGUCAUCGGUAUCUAUGUACCUCAAAGAAAAUUUGCAGUUUUUAGGAGCACAUUGUUAUUCUCAUUUUGAAGCUUUAUUUAAGGACAUCUUUGAAUGUCAUGUUUUAUAAGAUCAUGAAAAAAGGCACCCAUAAAAUAUGGCAGGUAGGGCUUGUACAAGAUCAUGUUUUCAUGAAAACUGCCACGUUGUGGUGUCAGUCGGUGGGUUGGGGGGCUUACCAGUUUCAGCAAUGUGCGUGCAUUUUGUCAUGAUCUGAAAAGCCUACAAUUUCUUCCUCCACACUGAUAUAGAUACUAACAUUAGAUCCUAGAAGUUUAUCACACUUGUUUGUGAGCAUUUGCAACAAAUGAGAUUUUUUUCAAAGGGAUUGUUGGUAUCAUAUUUUCACUCUGUUUAGCUGUAUGGUAAUCCAGAUUGUUUACCAUGCUGUUGUUUCAUUUUCAAAAUUGUGAUCAGGUUUGCUUUAUGUUUAGGGUAUCUCAGCCUCAUUAUCAAUCACGUUUGCAAACUAAAUCAUCCUGAAGGGACAAAGAUUUGUGACACAAGCAUGUUCUGCAGCUCAUAAACAUUGUAAACUUUCAGCUUGCUUUGGGAAAGGACAGCAUGAAAUGUACUUUUGCACUUUGUCCAAUGUACUACUAUUUAAAAAAAAAAAAAGAGAAACACUAUACUGAUAUGUAAAUAAAAUUACUAGAAUUACUAAAUGAUGCAACUUGUAGAGGGAUGUGUUGAUCACUGACAUGAAAUGCAAUAAAGUAACCUGAACUGUU